AGUAAAGAGCAUCUUGGUCGAACAGAAUGUCGCGGAAGAUACUGAGGAGUUCGCCUAACGCGGCCUUGGACAAAACGCUGCUCAACAGGUACUUGGAUCUGCCCCAGCCGGACGACAAGAUCCUAGCCGAGUACAUAUGGAUUGACGGUACCGGUGAGGGCUUGAGGAGCAAGACCCGCACCCUCAACAAUAUCCCCAAUAAGCCGGCCGACCUGCCGAUCUGGACGUACGACGGCAGCUCGACGUACCAGGCCCACGGCGAGAACAGCGAGGUCUUCCUGCACCCGGUGGCCAUAUACAAGGACCCCUUCCGGUGCAACAACAACGUCCUCGUGCUCUGCGAGACGUACGACUUCAACCACAUCCCUUGCGCGACGAACAAGCGUUUCAAGUGCCGCGAGGCCAUGGACUCGCCGGCCGUGAAGAAGGAGGAGCCCUGGUUCGGCAUCGAGCAGGAGUACACGUUUUUGGACGUCGAUGGCAGGCCCCUCGGCUGGCCCGAGAAUGGCUUCCCCGGGCCCCAGGGGCCCUACUACUGUGGGGUCGGCGCCGAUAAGGUCAUUGCCCGUGAGAUCGUCGAGGCCCACUACAGGGCCUGCCUCUACGCAGGGGUCCCCAUCUGUGGUACCAACGCCGAGGUCAUGCCCUCCCAGUGGGAGUACCAGAUUGGACCAAGUGUGGGAAUCAACGCCGGCGACGACCUCUGGAUUUCGAGGUUCAUCCUGCACCGCAUCGCCGAAGAGUUUGGCGUGGUGGUAACCCUCGAUCCAAAACCGAUCUCAGGCACCUGGAACGGCUCGGGCGCCCACUGCAACUUCUCGACCAAGACGAUGCGCGCACCUAACGGCAUAGAGGAAAUUGAUCAGGCGAUCGAUCGCAUGAAAAAUCGCCACGUCGAGCACAUCCGUGCCUACGACCCACGCGAGGGUAAGGACAACGAACGCCGGCUGACCGGCAUCUGUGAGACCAGCAGCAUCCACGACUUCAGCGCUGGAGUGGCCAACAGGACCACGAGCAUCCGGAUUCCGAGGUCAUGUGCCGAGCAAAAGUGUGGUUACCUCGAGGACCGUAGACCCAGCAGCAACUGUGACCCGUACUCGGUGACGAACGCCCUCGUGCGUACUUGCAUCCUCAACCAGUAAGCUGCUGCUGCACAAAUGACUGCAGAAGCCGGUCGCUGCCGGGUGUAUGAUACGCGCGACCUAACCUUGCUGCUGCUACCGAGAGACACACUGCGGUAUUAUGCACAACUUCUGGGACCUGAUAGAUCAUGGAGUAUUUAGAGAGAAAAAAGUUGCGUAUGCGCACACGUAUUUUUGGAUAAACGAAUAGGAUCUUGUGAGCGCCCGCUUAUGUAGUUAAAGAGAAAAAGAGAGAGAGAGAGAGAGAGGAUUCACACAGCGGGGUAUAUUCGCACGUUUUUUUUCGUGUCCCUCCACUCCCUGCGAUUAGUAAAAGUGUCCCCCUUCGAGAGCCAAAUAGUUGAUGUACGAGGAUACUAUAUGAUCAUCGCGUCAUCACGGUAUAAUGCAAGUAGUUCAUUACCUUAGCUGAAAAUGCUUGAAUAAUUACAUGUACGAAUAUAUUGGGAUUUAACAGAAGGCGUGAUUGAACUCCGAUAUCACUGAUUUUCUCGGGUUCUUGGCACCAUUUUCCUAUAUGUGUAUGGAUAUACUGACAAUGAAAAGUUGCGAGUUUGCUCAUAUUUAUUUAUUUUUCCGUUGAUAAGUGGUGCCACGACAAAUGUUAAAUCCCAAUACUACGGGCCCACUAGGGGAUGCUCCUCGCCACAUGAGGUACCCAACAUGGCUUAGCAUAUCUACUUAUAUUGUAUGCGAGUGCGUACGCAUCAUAGUAUUGUAGAUAUACGAAAUACAUGCGAGUACCCCAUGUGAUGUCGAGCGCCUCUAGCGGCAGAAUAUCCCCCAUUAAAAUAUACGUAGGACCCAACGUCGUCGUCGCUGGUACUGUCGAUUGAAUCUGUAUUUACUCACCUAAGCACUCGAAUCGACGUUGUGUCAAUACAUUAUACUUGUGGUAUAUAUGUAUAUCUCACAUUCCUUGCUGUUUUUGGAACUGACAAAUAAUACGGAGAGACGUCGUGCGACGGGUAUUAUCUUGAAAUUAUUGUUAAAUUAAUGUUGAGAAAUUCUACUGUUUUGAAUAACUUUAUUAAAGCACAAUGUCGUGCUAGAAAAUAAAAUUACGCAUAGUGCAAAAAGAAAUUCAGUUGAUGAAUAACCAAAUGCGGCCCUUGAUGAUGAAAGUAUACGUUGUUAAAUAAGAUUAAAGUGUAGUUUUAAUGUUGAAUUUAUUUUUAAAUGUAAGACAUCUGAAAACAAUUAAAUGAAUUUUUAUCAAUGUGAUAAUAGUAGAUUAUUAUCAGGGUGUAUUGAUGUUGAAGCGCUGGUUCAACUAUACGUGUACAACAUAAAAUAAAUACAAGUGUGAUCAAUGUACACUCGAAGCACAUGAAUGUUAUAUACAAAUAUAUAUUUGCUAUUGAUAUAAUUUUUUGCUUUUUUUCGUAAAAUGAUAAAUUUUUAAUAACAAAAUGAAAUGACUACAAAUCAUAUAUUUUCAUAAUAAAGAGUAACAAAAAAGUCGUUUGUACAUUUUCUCUGGAAGAAACCAGUGCGUGUGGAGAUAUUUUUUGAAAAGAUAAAGUAUCAUGGUUGUGUAAAAAGUGUGAGAUGAAUUAAAACCAUAGGAACAAUAAAUAACGAUGUUUUUGUUCUUACAAUUAUUUAAUCGAAUUGUACGAAGUCGUAUUUUAUUAAGCACAAUAAUAUCAGAUGGAGAUAAUAAUGUAAUUUUACAAAAAUUCAAGUAUAAAAUCUCUUAGUGUUAACGGAGAUAGCACUUGUUACAGAGAUGCAUAAUAAAUAAUUGCAUGAUAAA